AUGACCUCCUCACCGGUAUCAACUGUUCUGAUGAAGACCAAAGCAGUCUUAUUCGACAUGGACGGAACGCUCAUCGACUCAUCACCAGCCGUAACCGCAGCAUGGAAUCUCCUCAAAUCAACAGGCUACGACUUUCUUGACCUUGACGAUAUCCUUCGGUCCGCCCACGGUUACCGCACCAUCGACGCUCUUCGAAAAUGGUGUAAAAUCACCGACGAGGAAAAACUUAAAUCCGAGGUCGUGAGAUUCGAGGAAGCCAUCCUCGCCAAUGCAUCGAAACCAGGCGGUGGUAUUAUCGCUCUGCCUGGGGUGAAGAAGCUUCUGGACGGGAUCCAGUGUGGACGACCGGAUGAGGAUCAGGGAUGGAGUGUUUGCACGUCUUCAACGACAUUCUACGCCUCCAAGGCACUUCCUGCAGCUGGUCUCAGGAUUCCCAACCACUUCGUCACCGCCGAGAGCGUGAAGCAAGGAAAGCCAGCCCCGGAUCCAUACUUGCUGGGCGCUAAGCUCAACGAGAUCGCGCCUUCCGAUUGUAUCGUCGUUGAAGACGCUCCCACCGGCAUUCGUUCAGGAAAAGCAGCAGGCUGCUUCGUACUCGCAACUUGCACAUCCCACACGCGCGAGAGUCUGGAAAAGGAGCACCCGCACUUCCUGGUUGAAGACCUGAGCCACGUCCGGCCCCAUCGCAAUGAGGAUGGCUCGAUUUCAUUGCUCAUCACCCAACCACCCGGUCGCGAUUAUCCCGAGUCUGCUAUCCCCACGCCGGAAGAUACACCUCUCCAUACACCUAGUCUCUCGCGAGAGGCUUCGCAGACUGAUAUCCAUACGGAUAAGGGAUCUCUUCCUGACCACGCUGUGUACACCAUGGCCCGUAUCGCCGGCGAAAGCAUCAUCCAGUAAUGAGAACUCUGCGGCUGCAAUAAAUAGAUC